AUGGCACCGAACCAAAACCUAGCAGCCGUCCUGUACGGUCCGAACGAUCUGCGCCUAGAAGAACGUCCCAUUCAGCAGCCGGCUUUCGAUGAAGUUUUGCUCGAAGUGGACACGUGCGGCAUCUGUGGAACCGAUGUGCAUUUUUUGAAAGAAGGUGGCUUUGGAGCUCAAAUGCUGAUCAAGCCAAUUGUGCUGGGCCACGAAUCUUCCGGAAUCGUUCGUAAGCUUGGCAGUCAGGUAACACAUUUGAAGGUUGGUGAUCGUGUCGCGAUCGAACCGGCAGCUGGGUGCAGAACAUGCGAUCUUUGUAAGGUGGGCAAGUACAACGUUUGCUUGAACGGUAAGCACUGUCCUACGCAAAAGCACGACGGAAACUGUUCCAAUUAUUUUACGCACUACGCGGAUUGUUGUUUCAAACUACCGGACACGGUAACGAUGGAGGAAGGUGCCAUGUUGGAACCAUUUGCAGUUGCGAUCUAUGCUGGUCGUAAGGUAGACAUUGGCUUGGGUAGUAGAGUGCUCAUUUUCGGGGCCGGCCCCAUCGGUUUGAUGUGCUUGGUUGCAGCUAAAGCGAUGGGCGCGACUCGAACGGUGGUCCUGGAUCUCGAUCGAGUUCAGCAUCGAUUGGAUAUGGCAAAGAAGCUAGGAGCUACUGGUGUGAUCGCCAUCAGUAAAGAUGACAAAGAGGAUGAUUUGGUGAGCAGAAUCCAGAAGAUUUUGGGAGCACCAGCUGAUCGUGUACUCGAAUGCACUGGUUCGCAACCGGGAAUGAGAAUAUCGAUUAGGAGUACGCGAAACGCAGGCAAAAUUUGCUUGGUGGGGCUGGGUAACGAUGAUGUUACGUUACCGAUGGUGGAUGCCAUCUCGCGAGAGAUCGACAUCUCGACCGCCAUGAGAUACAAUCAUGAUUUUCCAGCUGCGGUGGAAGUGGUAGCUAGUGGGUAUGUGAACCUGAAACCGCUCGUUUCUCAUCAUUUCGAACUGAAGGAAGUUCACGAAGCCUUCCGCGUCGCGAGCCAAAGCGAAGGAAACAAAAUUAUGGUUCAUCUUGUGCCCAGAGAUACCAACAAUAGGAAGAAGUUUGUUAACUAA